AAGUGACGUAGAGUGGUUGCAUAGAAAAUAGGAAUACUUAAGGAGCCAUCAUAUAGCGCCCCUGGUGACCUUGUGAUUGCAUUUUGCAUGUGAAAGUGCCUAUCCGUGGGCGCACCAAAGGUAGUCUGCUUGCGGGCGACAGUGCGCCCCCGUAUGGCGUUUCUUGUAGCGUAAAUAUGGAGUCGCUUGGGGAGAUGUUGGAGAUGGGCGCCGAAGAGGCGACGCGCGGUCGUGUGGUGAUGGUGGGUGGUACUACCAUAAUUGCAACCCGCAAGGAGGCGCGCGUAAUUCAGCAUGCACACAAAGAAAGUCUUGAGCUCAUGAAAGAAGAGUUAAAAGGUCAUGAGGUUGUAGUGGCUAGCAUUGAUGAUCUUUCAACCGACGAACAACAGCAGGCCCUCACGCACAUGGCUAAGCAGGAGCUUAGCGUGAUCGUGGCUGCGCAUGAUGAUAGUCAUGACAGUCAGCUGCUUAGUCCUGAAAAGCUAACACCGCACGCAGAGAUGCUUGACACAACGGACUUUCGCAGCAUUCACGAGCCAACAUAUCAGACAUUGACGUCGGUGAACGGUCGCAUGUCGCCGCCCGGCUUCAGUCCUAACAGUAGCUACGCGACAUUAACUCCUCUGCAGCCGCUGCCACCGAUCUCCACAAUGAGUGAUAAGUUCGCGUAUGCCGGUCAUACAAACGCAGUGACAGGCAGCUUUACAGUAAUGCAGAAUAAUGCAAUGGAGCUGACCGGUGGUACUGCGUACACAUAUGACAAAUUGCCAAUGGGUAUGUCACCGCCGCACGCGUACGCUAGCAGCCCCGGCCACAUUGGCAUGCAAGCAUCACCAUUAUCUCCACAAUCGGCUUAUAGCCAAAAUGGAUUGUGCUCACCACAUAAAAGCCUGUCGCCCACGCAGGCAGCUGAAUAUGACGCUACUUAUACGCAUUUACGACCCACACCACCACUCGCCAGUCCACCGCCACCACCACCACCAGAAUCUGCCUUUGCUCCCAUUAACGGUCUGCACCAGGGCCUGUUAGCUGCUACAACAUCACAGCAGACACAUCCGCCAGGUCUCAUCCAGAUUGCGAAUAUGACAGUUGCUUCGAAUCGCGAAAGUAGUGUGGUAAAGUCUCCCUCGCCUAUUAAAUCAAGUAUGGCAGCCAACAACCAGACAGAUUCAUCAGCGUCCAAUGGAGCUACAACACCACUAACAGUUAGUAGCCUCAGUGCGGACGUGGAGGAGAUCAAUACAAAAGAGCUAGCGCAAAGAAUAAGCGCGGAACUGAAACGAUACAGCAUACCUCAGGCCAUCUUUGCGCAGCGUGUCCUUUGUCGUUCGCAGGGUACUUUAUCAGAUUUACUCCGCAAUCCUAAACCUUGGUCAAAGCUAAAGUCUGGUCGAGAAACCUUCCGUCGUAUGUACAAGUGGUUGCAAGAACCUGAGUUCCAGCGAAUGAGCGCUCUUCGGUUGGCUGCCGCUCAGAUUCCUCAGCGAGGGAGCUGCAAGCGAAAAGAAGAAACAAGCACGGAUCAUAUGCCGGCACCUAAAAAGCCCAGACUUGUUUUCACAGACCUUCAACGGCGAACAUUGCAAGCAAUAUUCAAGGAGACAAAACGUCCAUCAAAAGAGAUGCAGGUGACGAUAGCUCGACAGUUAGGUCUCGAACCUACUACGGUUGGUAACUUCUUCAUGAAUGCUCGGCGACGGUCAAUGGAUAAGUGGAAAGACGAGUCUGAUACUAAGGCAAUUUGCCAGGGCCUUAGUCCCGGCGAUAGUGCUUUGGAUUUGGAUGAUGGCGAAGAUAUGGAACUAGAGCUCGGUCACACCAGCGACCUGGAUCUUGACGCAGCCGGUGAACCACCGGACGGUGAUCCUGAAGAUGGUGACCUCUUGUGACCCAAUCCGUAUUCUCACAACCUGCGAGCAAUAGAAGACAGGGAAUGUCCCAAACGUCAUAGGCAACACCUUCUUGUGCUCUAGACGGUCUAAGUCCUUGUGACACUGUCUUUUUUUAUCUUAUGUGUUAUGAGAGUUUUGUUACAUUCCUAUACCGGCUAUGUAGAAGAAUAUUAGUAUUGUGAGAAGCUACCGGAUUUUUGGUGACUUUGAUUGCUCAACAAAUGAGUUAAUAAUUAUUGUCAAGCGGGCCUAUUGUCUGGUAAAACCUACUAUGUUUCUAAUAGUCAGGACAUAUUAUAAAAGCAAGAUAUAUAAGAUUACAGAUAAAAUUGUAUGGAUUUCGAAAUACAUAAGCUACUGCAAUAGUACGCUGGAAUUAAAUUGAUAAUCUAUGACUUCACACAAAUUGGAUAGGUCUAAACAUCUAAAUAACUUUAAAAAAAAUUAAACUUAAACGCUUUAUUCGAAAGCAAUUAAAUUUUCUUUUUCUUGGUCCUUUUUAGAUACCUCCUCAAUGUACUCGAAUGCUAGUACUUCGCCAAUUUUAAAGAACAUUUUUUUUGUCAUAUGUGUACUUUAUCUGUCAAAAAAAUGGAAAAUAGUGCACUAUAAGCGUAUGCUUAUGUAGAAUCUGGAGUUAAUUGAUUUUUUUUUGUAUACAACAUACAUUUUAGAUUUGAGUACAUUUCGAAAUUGCCACAUUUCAAGUUGACUAUAAAUAAUAACUACUGUAAAUCCCAGUUCUUCCAUCAUAUUAGAUCAGCAUCAAAAUAAUUUUUCAGCUGUUUGUAGUGUAGUCUUUUGCUUUAGCUUCUUUGUGACUUUAUACUUUAAAUUAUCAUGCAGAAAGCACAUUAAAAAAUUUGCCAUUUCAAAAAAUAUGAAAAAGCAAUUCAACACACACACACACACACACACA